AUGUUCCUCUCCGGGUUCUCGCCGGCGGCGCACCACGACCACGGCGGCGGCCAGCCGGGUGGCGGUGGUAGCCCGUUCGACGAGGACGGCGACCGCACGCUGGUGGUGCUGCUCACCUUCGGCGUCUUCUUCUCCUUCGUCAUCCUCUACCUCGUCGCCGGCCUCAUCUGGGCCGUCGUCAUCACGGCCUCCGCCGUCGUGCUGUCGUUCCUGUUCCUCAGGGUCCGCCGGCGCCGCGCCGCGCCGGUGGCGGGGCGAGGAGGAGGAGGCGGCGCGGCCAACGACGUGGUCUUCAUAGUCGGGGCUCACCACCAGGCUGCUCGGAGCAGCGACGGCGCCGGCGCCAUCGUGUCCGCGAUCCCGUCGUUCGAGUACAAGAGGGUGAACGGCGGCGGCGGCGACGAGGGCGGCGGCGGCGCGGCGGCGGCGGGCGGGUGGGCGCAGUGCGUGAUAUGCCUGGGGCUGGUGCAGGUCGGCGAGGUGGUGCGGCGGCUGCCGGCGUGCAAGCACCUGUUCCACGUGGAGUGCAUCGACGCGUGGCUGAGCGCGCACUCGACGUGCCCGAUCUGCCGCGCCGACGUCGUCGAGCUCGCCGCCGGCCGGUUAGAACCGCCGGUGUGA